CAAUUUCAAUAGGUGGGGACAGGAGGGAUAGGCAGCCACUCGACGACUCGCUCACAGUCAACACAAUUCACACUGUAUUUUAGUACGAAGAUAGACGAAGUGGACUUAAAAGUGUUUUUAAGACCGACAGUCAAUAUUCUGAGAAGGCUCUCCACAUCUGUGCCAACGCGCAUCAGGGAAAUUAUUUGUUUGUCUUUAGAGAGCGUGUUUUGGAUACCGAUUUUUGGAGCUGGUGCUUUUGAGACAGUUUGUGGCUUACACAAUACAUAAAGCGUUUGUCUAUUACACUUUAACAACGGAAACCAAAGGAGGCCGACGUUCUCCAGGUAUGGCGGCGGCUUUGCCGAGAACCCUGGGGGAGCUGCAGCUGUAUCGGAUCCUGCAGAGAGCCAACCUGCUCUACUACUACGAGGCCUUCAUCCAGCAGGGCGGCGAUGACGUGCAGCAACUGUGUGAGGCUGGGGAGGAGGAGUUCCUGGAGAUCAUGGCCCUGGUGGGCAUGGCCAGCAAGCCCCUCCACGUGAGGCGUCUACAGAAAGCCCUGCGCGACUGGGUCACCAACCCGGCCCUGUUCAACCAGCCUCUCACAUCCCUGCCCGUCUGCAGCAUCCCCGUGUACAAGCUCCCCGAGGGCUCCCCCACGCUGCUUAACGCCCAGGACCGUGGCAGCGCCAGUGCCAAAGUGCCCAAAAUCAUGGCCGCCACCUGUUCAGACCCAGGCAAACUGGAGGUAGCCAGGGACAAGGCGGCAGCAGGUUCCCCCCUGCAGAGUAGCAGCGAAGCCCGCCUUUGGUCCGGCCACAGCAACGACAGCGAGCAGAGCCUGUCCCCCUCCGACCUGGGCUCCCCGUCCUCCCCCAGGGAGGGUCUGGAGGCCCUGGAUGCAGCAGCCGUGCAGUCGGUCCUGGAGUGCGUGGAGAGGAUGGCCCCAGGCCUGCCAAAGACCGACCCAGCAGAGGUGAAGGAGCAGCUGAAGACCAACAAGAAGCUGGCCAAGAUGAUCAGCCACAUCUUCGACAUGAGCGAUGACGAGCCACGCCGGGAGGAGGAGAUCCGCAAGUACAGCGCCAUCUACGGACGCUUCGACUCCAAGAGGCGGGACGGCAAACACCUGACCCUUCACGAGCUGACUGUGAAUGAGGCAGCAGCUCAGCUAUGUAUGAGAGAUGUGGCUCUGCUGACCCGCAGAGAUGAGCUGUUUGGGCUAGCCCGCCAGAUCUCCAGAGAGGUCACCUACAAAUACACGUACAGAACGAGCAAAUCUCGCUAUGGGGAGAGAGAUGAGCCAUCUCCUAAAAGAAUUAAAACUGAGGAGAACUUUUUUGAUAUCCAGGAGGCCCUGCAGGCCAUCCACAUGCGCCAGGAGAUGUUGAGAGAGCAGUUGGCGUGCGCCAAAUCAAAAGGAGAGGAGGUUGUUGGGAGAAACCUGCAGAUGCAGUUGGAGCGUCUGUUGGCCAGGCAGAUGGAGAUUCUCCAUGAUGCCGCCGUUCAGGAGCGACUGCAGGCUCUGGACUGGAGGAUACCUGCUGGGGCGCUGAAGUACCUGGGUGAUGCGCAGAAUACCAAUGGCACCUCAGGGGACAAAAGCAGAGAUAACCAAGAUGAGAGACCAAUGAACCUGCGGAUGGUCAGUCAGAGUGUGGCAGAGGGGGAGCUUCCCCUGGGGAAGCAGCUAGCCAACGAGCUCAAACGUCAUCAUAACCACAGCACAGAUGAGACCAAAACACCAGCAACAGAAAAUGGUACCUCGCAGCGAGCGCAGAGUCACUCCGACAGGAAGACCAUCAAAUCAGAACCGGAAGAUUCCUCAUAGUGCCUCCCGCCAUGCGCCGUCUCCCCUGUUCUACUCAAAAUUUUACAGUAUGCAGUUAGCCGUCAAUAGAUACUAAGCAAGCACAGCCACAGUAGAGCCUUAACAACCAAUGUUGCCUCGUGAAUAGCUUUUAUUUUUCUUUAAUUUACUUUAAGGUUUUUUGCCAAAGCGUAGAGCAUGUUUUCAGUCGUGGGGGAAGCUGAGCAGGGUGUCUUCUCAUGAGAUAUCCUUCAUGCUAUUACAGGUACUUUAUGUAUUAAUUGACUGUACUGUACAUGUUGUCACAUGCACGUGAAAUAUGAGCGGGAUCAGUGGGUAUGAAAAGAAUGCUAAGUUGCAUUUUGUAUACUUUGUAUACCCCAGGGUGUUUUUUACUUGUUUGUCUUUUUUUGGACAGAUGAUUUACUUCAGUCCUCUGGGGCUGAAUCCUAACUUGAGAUCCGUGCUCGUACUGUAACUCUUACUUUUGUGUAAAUGAUGACUUGAUACCAAUGAGGGAUUUGUGGGAACAUAACACGGUUAGGAUUCAGCCCUCACUUACUAGUUUAUGUUUGGUAAAGAUUUGGGCAAACUCGAGUUGUCCCAUAAAGGAACAAUCAUACAGUUGCUCUCUUGUCUUGUAUGUAUUUAUGAGAGUUAAAGUUGAACUGAGGUUGUAAAUGAUCUGUUAAGGAGUUCUGGCUCAAGGUCAGUGUUAUUCGACUAGGCAUAUGGCUAGUUCUGUCUGUUUUCCAGUGACCACACUGAUAAAUUGCUAUUCUUGCUAUACAAACAAAGCAAAAGUCCCAGUCUAGAGCCACUGUAGGACAGAACCAUAGGGCCUGUACAUACAGUAGUAUAAAAUCACAAUAAUGAUAGCCUAAUCUGAAAAGCAGGGUUUUUGUCAAUUAAUGUAAUUUGCUGUAGUUUUGGUGUCAAUACAGUGUUUAUGUAUGUAGAGCAAAAGAAAAAAAAAACACAACAAAAAAAACAAAUAAGUGUUGUUGAGAACACCAGUGACAGUGUCUGGUAUCAAAUGCUUUAUAAGAUUUUAAUGUUACUUAGCAUAGCCUUAGAUCUUAUCAGUGUUUCACCUGUGACCACCAGUGCAUAAUUCAAAAUGUUGCUGUUAGAAUUAGCUACAUAGCCAAUGGGUGUUAAGUGUUCUUUGUGUGUUGCCAUUGAGUGAAUUGUGUUCACUCCGUAGGUCCUCUUUCAGGUCAAGAAAGUCAGAAGUAAAUGUUCUUCUCACAGCAGUUAGUUUUGUAAUAGUGUCAUUCACCAAGACUACAACCAAUGCAAUACCUAUGUAAGUGAUAUGUGUAAUGACAUAAUUUUUGGCCUGCCAUUGUUCUGUGCUAGAUGACUGUCGUCCACCAGUUCCCACACUGGUUUAGUUAACUGUCACUGUCCUAUGAUGUUCAGAGAUCAACGCAUGUCCAGCUGUGUGAUAGAAGUCUCAAUAGUUGAUUCACAUUCUUAUCACUGUUAUUGUAAGUGAUAGAGCUAGAUUAGGCUUGCCUAGUUAUGCACCAGUUUUUUUAAACACUAAUAUAUUUUAUUUGUUAUACAGCACAUAAACAUUAAACUUUAUUUUUUUGAACUGA